CCCGCCUCGUCCACCAUGAAAGGCUCCCGGGCCAGCAGCGGUGCCCCUGGGGGCAGCCCAGAAGGCGGGGACUUGAGUCUGACGGGCGUCCCUCCACCCAUGUCCCGGCGCCCCAGCAGUGCCUCUGCCGCCAAGCCCCUGGCCCGCUCCGUCUCUGUGGUCACAGGCAGCGAGCAGAGGAGGAAGGUGCUGGAGGCCACAGGGCCUGGGGGCUCCCGGGCCAUCAACAACCUCCGGAGGUCCAAUAGCACCACGCAGGUCAGCCAGCUGCAGACCACCCCCUCCAGGCCAGCAGAGCCCAGCGACUUCCUGGCGCUCUUCGAGGGCAGCCCCGAUGGGAGAAUGAGGCCGGCCAGCCUGAGCAAAGCGCCCAGCGAGAAGGGAGCCACGUGGAACGUCCUGGAUGGCCAGCCCAGGGGCUUCGCCGUGCCGUCCGGUGCCCGGGGCUGCAGCGCGGACUCAGCAGUGGGCCCACGGAGGAAAGAGUGCGCCGUGGCCCUGGCACCCAGCUUCACCGCUAACAACAGGAGCAACAAGGGAGCCGUGGGCAACUGCGUCACCACCAUGGUGCACAACCGCCACAGCCCCUCGGAGAAGGGGCCGCCUGUCAAGAGCUCCAACCAGGCAGCGCCCUCCCUCAACAACAUCGUCAAGGCAGCCACCCGUCAGGGCAAGGAGGGCAGCGGCCUCGCGAAGCCGCAGAAGAACAUCCCCAGCGCGAACCUCGAGGCCCGGAGUAACGCCGGGGGCACCGCAGUCCUACUCAGACGCAGGGAGGUGACCGAGGAGGAGGCCGAGAGGUUUAUCUGCCAGGUGAACAAGGCUGCUGUCGCCAUUCAGCGUUGGUACCGCCGCCAAGUGCAGCGGCGCCGAGCGGGAGCGGCCAGGCUGGAGCACCUGCUCGGGUCCAAGCGAGAGGAGCAGCGGCAGCGGCUGGGGGAGGGCACCUUCCUGGACCUGCACCUGCAGAAGGAGGCGGCGAGGAGGAAGGCCCGAGAGGAGAAGGCACGCCAGGCCAGGCGAGCGGCCAUCCAGGAGCUGCAGCAGAAACGAGCCCAGAAGUCAGGUACCACGGAGCUCGGGCUGCCCAGGGAGGCCUGUGUGCCAGGGACGCUGCGGCCUGCUCAGGACCUGCCCCCGACGCCAGGCAGCACCCACCUCCAGACCCUCAAGGCCAACAACGCUGGUACCGCCUUCCGUGCUGAGGUCCCUGAGGAGCUCCACCCACCCACCUCCGACUGCCCCCCAGGGCCCCCGCGGUCUCCGGAGGACGGGCUGCAGGACACUCGCUCCCAGGACGUGGCCAAGGAGGACCCGGAGACGGUGGCCCCUGGCAGGGCCAGGCGCAGGGCGCCGCUGGACGAGCUGCUGCGCACACUGCAGCUGCUGGAGGAGGAGCCGGAGCCGCUAUCCCACCCUGGGGCCCGACACAGGGGCAGAUGCGCCUGGGCCAGCGAGGAAGAUGACGCCAGCUCUCUGACAGCCGACAACCUGGAGAAGUUCCGGAAACUCAGCACAGCCCCCAGCCCCCUGGAGGAUGAGACGCUGCUCUCGGAGGCCAAGCUGCAGACCAUCAUGAGCUUCCUGGACGAGAUGGAGACAUCGGGGCAGGACCAGCCAGCCCCCCAGCAAGAGGGGCCGGUGCCGGAGGCGGGGCGGGGGCGCCCGGAGCCGGCAUCCGAGGCGAGCACAUCCAUGAUGCGGCUGAAGCUGGAGGUGGAGGAGAAGAGACAGGCCAUGGCGUUGCUGCAGAGAGCCCUGGCGCAGCAGCGAGACCUCACCGCCCGCAGGGUCAAGGAGACAGAGAAGGAGCUGAGCCGGCAGCUGCAGCGGCAGAAAACGCACUACGAGGCCACCAUCCAGCGACAUCUGGCCUUCAUCGACCAGCUGAUUGAAGACAAGAAGGUCCUGAGCGAGAAGUGUGAGGCCGUGGUGGCCGAGCUGAAGCAGGAGGACCAGCGGUGCCGGGAGCGCGUGGCCCAGGCGCAGGAGCAGCACGAGCUGGAGAUUAAGAAGCUCAAAGAGCUAAUGAGCGCCACUGAGAAAGUCCGCCGGGAGAAGUGGAUCAGUGAGAAGACCAAGAAGAUCAAGGAGAUCACUGUGAGAGGCCUGGAGCCCGAGAUCCAGAAGCUGAUCGCCAAGCACAAGCAGGAGGUGCGGAAGCUCAAGGGCCUGCACGAGGCAGAGCUGCUGCAGCUGGACGAGCGCGCCUCGCAGCGCUACCUGCGCCAGGCCGCGGAGCUGCGGGAGCAGCUGGAGCGCGAGAAGGAGGCACUGGGCCAGCAGGAGCGCGAGCGGGCCCGGCAGCGGUUCGAGCAGCACCUGGAGCAGGAGCAGUGGGCCCUGCAGCAGCAGCGGCAGCGGCUGUAUAGCGAGGUAGCUGCCGAGAGGGAGCAGCUGGAGCAGCAGGCUGCCAGGCAGCGGGCCGAGCUGGAGGAGUUGCGGCAACAGCUGGAGGACAGCAGCUCGGCACUGACUCGGGCCCUGCGGGCCGAGUUCGAGAAGGGCCGGGAGGAGCAGGAGCGCCGGCACCAGGAGGAGCUGAAGGCCCUGAAGGAGCAGCUGGAGCUGGAGAGGCAGGCGUGGGCAGCCGGCUGCGCCAGGAAGGAGGAGGCGUGGCUGCUGAACCGGGAACAGGAGCUUAAGGAAGAAAUCCGGAAAGGCCGGGAUAAGGAGAUUGAGCUGGUCAUUCACCGGCUGGAGGCCGACGUGACGCUGGCCAAGGAGGAGAGUGAGCGAGCCGCUGAGAGCCGCAUCAGGCGCAUACGGGACAAGUACGAGGCCGAGCUCUCCGAACUGGAGCAGUCGGAGCGGAAGCUUCAGGAACGGUGUACGGAGCUGAAGGGCCGGCUCGGGGAGGCCGAGGGGGAGAGCGUGCGUCUGCAGGGCCUGGUGCGGCAGAAGGAGCGGGCGCUGGAGGACGCACAGGCGGUGAACGAACAGCUGUCCGGUGAGCGGAGCAGCCUGGCCCAGGUGAUCCGCCAGGAGUUCGCCGACCGCCUGGCAGCCUCUGAGCAGGAGACGCGGCAGGUCAAGGCGGAGCUGGCCGAGCUGCAGGCCCGCCAGCGGCUGGAGCUGGAGGACGUGCACCAGAGGGUGAAGGUGGCCCUGGCGAAGAAGGAGGAAGCUGUGAACAGCCUCCGGAAGCAGCACGAGGCCGCGGUGAGGCGGGCCCAGCACCUGGAGGAGCUGCUCGAGCGGCACCAGCCGCCGCUGCAGAGCGCCAAGUGACACCAGUGACGCCGGCUGGGGCGGGCGGGGGACAAGGGAGGCUGGGUGCUGGGCCCGGAGGCCGGCAGGGGCUGGAUGCCAAGAGACAGGGUGGGAGCGACCCGC